AUGACAACAAGUCGCCGGGAGUACGUCUUCCGCGCGUACUCGAAUACUUCGGCAGGAGCUCUUGUCAGUGGGCGGGGUCCCCGUCCCCGACACACGCCGCCAAUCGCCAUCGAUAGGGAAUUCGACCGGCACCGGGAUCUCAACAACACGGUUCCCACAUCACUAGUGUCAGUGAGUCGACGAGUCAUCGACACUCUACGCCGCGCUUUCAACAAGCACUACCGAGACAACGAGCCGGCCGACCAGAUUUGGAUCGCUAUAAUCCGCCUCCCCGAAGAAACAGCCGACGAUGUGGUCUUCCACAAAGCAUUGGACCUAGCGGCAGGACACGGGGACGAAGCCAAGUUCACGUAUGAGAUAGUAUUCGAAUGGGAGAUCCCAGAACAUUACGUUGAGCACAGGGUUUCUGUGCAAAGUCUGAUCGACCGAGGGUUAGACCUUCGAAACUAUCGAGUCAAGAACCGACUCACGAACGAGGCUUGGCUACCUGCGACAAGUGAAUUGCGCUCUGUGCUGGCAAAGGACCUCUUGGAGUUCUCCCGUGAGGGGAACUAUUCAUGGGAGGAUGGUUGCUACGAUACAGGGGUAAACCUGGCUUUCUGGGCAAGAGAUUUCGGAACACAAGCACCGACCAGGUAUAUCGCCUACCAAAUGUUUGACGAUCUGCUAGGUCCCGUAACCUACUUCUGUGGCGACGACCAAAGGAUGAGGUUUAGCUACUGCGAGAUGUGUUUCGAAUUCAGUGACUUAUGUCACCUCGAGGACGGCAUGAAGUUCGUCGAGAAGCUCAAGAAUUACGGCGGUACGGAGGAUUACGACGACUGGCUGGAUUACGCAUUUUAUAAAUGGCGAGAGUGUGUCGUGGAGCUCGAGUGUAUCGAAGACUGGUUCCGCGACCGGGCCACCAAAUGCACCGAAUGCACCGAAUCUAUCUGUCAUGAGGGUGCGACACUCAUAGCUUCGAAGAAAGAGGUCAUGGAAGAAUGGAAGAGGUUAUUGAGACCUCUAGUAUUAUUGGAGGGGUCGUAG